UAAAUGUUCGAUUUUAAUAAUUCUUUUCUUGAAACGCUUUGGUCCAUACAAUGGGUUAAAACAGUGAUUAUGGACGAGUGCCUAUUAAUAAUUUUCGUCAUAACUCGGCCUAGACAAGUAAACUGUCAAUGAACAUACCAUUUAGUUUCCUUUUCUUUAUUCAAGACGCGCAUACAUGGCGUUAUAAUGAAAAAUAAACAGUGUCGUAUGAGGCAGGUGUGAUUGGGUCGUGCAUCUCACCUUGGCAAAACAUUCUGAAGUUUGUGUCGCUCAGGGAAGGCGACACUCCUGUGGCUUAAUGGUUUGCGCAGUCUUAUCUAACUAUUAAAAAUUACAACUACGGAAAAAGAUCAAUCGUUUGAUUUUCACAGUUACAUCAUCAUUGUACAUGACUACUUUCAAUUCAAGAGUCAUCCGAUUUGGUUUCCCCGGGCGUUCUGACAUUGCUUAUUUGUUGAUGGUUGAUUUUCGAUAUUGGUGGUGAGACCUUAAAGGGAGAUAUACAGAUAUUCACCGCUUUGCUGCGGAAAGCCACUUCAUUAAUUGGCUGGUUGGCUAAAGUGUGAUCGGUAGUAAAUCGUGAAAUGACUUUAUUAAGUUCUUCCACUAUCACAGAAGACAUGGACGUGAUAAACUGCAGCUUUCAAGUCGUGAUUCGCUUCCCGCAUACGAUGUCCGCGCGUGUCACGGCCAUCAUUACGUGCCUGAUCAGCGCGUUCGGCUUGAUGACUGCUGUCUCGUGCAAUACGUUAUUUAUCCUGGCCUUCGCUCGGACGCGCGAACUCCGCACGUACGCAAACCUAUUUCUUGUCAGUCUGUCCUGUACAGACUUGCUAGUGGGUUCCAUUGUAGAGCCCCUGUAUAUAGCGCGGCAAGCUUUUGCUCUAUCCGGAACUGAUGACUGCGGAGUAUGGGUCGCUUAUCUGACCAUGGCCUUGUUCUGUACAGGCGCCUCCUUCCUUAACCUCACGCUUAUAAGCUGUGAAAGGUACGUUGCUAUAUUCUCACCUUUGAACUACAUGCGGCUUGUCACCAAACCUCGCGUGUUGAGCAUUAUCGGAGGUGUCUGGCUGGCUUGGGUCACUCUAACGUGCGUGCGAUUUGCUGGAAUACCUAAUCGCAUCGUUUACCUGAUUUGCUUCGCAGUAAUCGGCUCGUGCUACGCUAUAACAGCUUUUGUAUACUUCUUCAUUUUCCGUGAAGCAAGGAGACAUCACCGACGGAUCGUUUCAGAGCAACAGAACUAUGAUCCGUUCGCACCAAGCGUAGCCCGCGAAACUAAAUUCGCCAAGACCAUGGCAUAUAUAUUUGGCGCGCUGUUAAUCUGCUAUACACCCGGUAUGACAAUUCUACUCAUUCGCACUAUCAAAGGCGAUACGCCUCAACUGUUAUACAACUUCUAUCCGUGGGCUGAAAAUUUGAUAUUUCUUAACAGCUCUCUGAAUCCAAUGAUUUAUUGCUGGCGUAAUCGUGAAAUACGUCGCGCGGUCUUCCGGGUUAUUAACCCGUUGACGAGUCAGAUAUGCCACCGAACUAUUGGAUCCCCGAUUAAUGUAGGAUAUAUCGCAGAAGGGAGAACGAACACUCCGAAAACUGAUUACGGAACUUGGAUUGCCAGAACAAGAGCUCAAGAUUCUCCUGUAGCGAAGGACAUUGAGAUUCAGUCCGUUUGCUCUCAAGACUGAGUCGUUUCACAGUUCACUGCAAAAUGUAACUUGAAAUAGGGAAUAUCACGCUGUUAAUGAUAUGAAUUCAGUAACAUCUAUUUAAAACUUAACCCUUAAUUCAAGCUCUUCACUCGAUGGCCAAAAAUGAGAAAAAAGUUGCUUACUACUUAGAAGAGUGUUUAAUGUUUCUAAAUGUCCUCGCGUUUCGCUUUUUCGCGAGUAAAUUAUUUAUUGUAAGAAAAAGUAAUUAGAAGAACAGGCGGAUACAUAUUUUUUAUUCAUUUUCUCUCUUGCUGUUGGGCGUUAAACAAGCCGACCUAACAUCUAUCCAAUGGCCGUCGAAUUUUAAUUUAGAUUAAUAAACGUACGUGCCUUCUUUAUAUGAAGAACGCAGACGCACUGUUUACUCAAGUUAGAAUGAGCUGUAUGGUAGAGGUUUGUUCGAAACACACAAAUUUUAUGAAUCGUGAUGAUUGUCAAAUGUUGUAUUACACGAAGAGACGGGUUGAUUACAAUAAGAGCGUCGUGCUCCAAUAUACGUGCUUUGAUGCUGGUGCGAUCGAUUUUCUCCCCGGCUCGAAAAAAAGAGACUAAAACAGAAAUCGUCUUAAGAAAUUACUUGUCUUUUCAGAACAAACUGUACUUAACUGAAACGUGGUCCCUAAUUUCUGUCCAGCUUCAAAUUCUCUUUAGGCCUUUAAAGGACCUACGUCACGGUUUGUACGUCUUGAAAAGGUUAGCCUAAAUUUUUCAAGUUCUUCGUUUGU